AUGUGGAGCGCGCAUACAUUUAGCUUCUGUUUCUUAGUCGUGUCGAGUCGUGCCCUUGCCCAAUUUCAAACAUUCUCUCCACCGGGACAGAGCGAUGUAACAUACUCGAUCAACGUUCCCGAACACACCUCUACAACUGGCUCAGGGCCGAUUUUUCUCCAAAUAAAAUCCACCGUCGCGGUGGAAUGGGUUGCAUUUGGCGAGGGAACUCGGAUGCAAGGAUCGAACAUAUUUGUCGUUUAUGGAAACGGGAAUGGAAACGCCACGGUGUCUCCAAGGCUGGGUGGACCACAUGUUGAGCCCCUUUAUAACCCGCAAGCCCAAGUUUCGCUGUUGGAUGGCAGUGGAGUAAGCGACAACGGCUCAAUUACCGCGAAUAUUCGUUGCGACAGCUGCAUCACUUGGUCUGGUGGCGGACACGAAGAUGUGACGAGCGCUUCUGCUUCCUGGGUAUGGGCGAUCAAGUACGGAAAACUAAUCCAGUCGGAUAGUGUCUCUGCAACUAUCAGGCAGCACGAUGUUGCGGGCCUGGCAUCUGUAAACUUGAAGGCAGCGACUGGCGGAAAUUUGGAUAACCCAUUUCUUGCCAGUGCGUCGCCUACAUCUUCAACCGCUUCUACGUCAUCUUUUAGCCCAUCAUCAUCUAGCUCUUCCAGUUCAACCCAGCCCGUGGUAGUAACGACUGUCGGCUCUCAAUCGACCGACAGAGAACGGAUCGCUCAUGCUGUCGUUAUGAUUACCGUAAUGGUUGUACUCUUCCCUUCCUUCGCCCUGGGAAUCCAUCUAUUCCCAUCGUCUCACACAGUCGUUCUCCACGCCUGGCUCCAACUAUCCACUCUCGCCUUGGCAAUCAUUGGCUUCGCUCUCGGAAUCUCCCUAUCCGUCGAUCUUUACCCCGUAACAGGCUCUUCGUACCACCAAAUCAUCGGCAUCAUCGUCAUUUCUUCCUUGAUCCUUUUCCAGCCUGCGAUGGGGCUUUUGCAGCACCGGUAUUGGCGCAAAUCUGGACAGAAGGGGACAUUCGCUUAUUUGCAUAGGUGGCUUGGCAGGACGAUGAUAGCGCUAGGCAUUGUGAAUGCCGGGCUUGGGUUUUGGUUUACCGGGAUUGGAAGUUCCAUGGCGCCGAACGGCGCGGUGGUUGCGUAUGGUGUUGUUGCUGGCGUUGUGGGGAUAGGGUACGUUUUGAUGCUGGCUUUUCUUGCCCGUCGUGCGCGACAUGCACGUCCUACAAAUGUGGCUAGCUGA